GCUUGUCAAUGACGACAACGACGACAACGACGACGAACAUAAAAUGGACAAGGGUCACGGAUGGAUUGGUCAAACGAGCCCGACUACGAAAAGAGUACAAUGCACUCGCACUUUCAACCAACAUCGUUGGAUCGCGUCUCUUUACCGGUACGCACUGUACUCUACCAUUAAGAGUUAUGUUGCAGGUCUGAUCAUCAUCUAAUUUCACGUUUUUGUAGUCGGCGGCGGUAUAUUAUGUGAUAUUCGUUGGGCAGCAGAUGUUGCUUUGAUCGUUUUUCCCAGUUGUGCUAUGCGACUCAUUCAGAAUUAA